AUGACAAUUCCUGGAAGAUUUAUGACCAAUGACAAGGGCACUUUUGGUGAAUAUACAGCUAGUUCCCGUUGGCCUAUUAUCAUUCAAAAUGCUAUAGACGAUUUAACUGAGCAGCAAGAAUCAGAAAAAAAUAAUGACAAUAAAUUUAAACAAGGUGAAGUUAUCAAGAAUGAAUUAAAGCAGUUCCGCCAGGAGGUGAUUAAUCGUGUGCCCUUGAGGCCAUUCACUGAAGAAGAGAUUGAAGUCGCAAAUGUGCCGCUUUCGUUCAAUGAAUAUCUAAAGGAACACCCUGAAGUCAACUGGGGGGCAGUGGAAUGGCUUUUCUCCGAGGUUUACUUAUACAGAAGAAUGAAUGUUCUAUUCCAACGCCAAUCUGAAUGGGCUAAAUUUGAUAUAUUCAACAAACUGAAGCAAUCAACUUUUGAAUCCUCGUUCCAUGGUGUCGUGGAAUUGGCUCUGAGAUACGAAAAUCUGUUACCGCAGUUGAAGGAAAUGGAGCAGUAUUCGGGAAGUGAUGGCGAGGAUAUACUGAGAAUUCUUUUUAAGGAGUUUAUUGAGAUUUCUUUAUGGGGUAAUGCCACUGAUUUAUCUCUGUUGACCAAUGCCACUUUAGAGGAGAUCAAAUCUAUUCAAGGAGCGAAGGCAAGAGCAGCAUCUGAGUCCAAAAUUGUUGUUAAUGACACAGAGAAAGCAUGGGAAGUUUUAACUAAGGCUAAGGCCGAGGCUAAUAGCACAAACAUUCGUGUUGAUUUUGUGCUGGACAAUUCUGGCUUUGAAUUGUAUGCUGAUUUAAUGCUCGCUGCUUUCCUGUUGCAAAGUGGCUUGGCUACCAAAUGUAUCUUUCAUGCUAAAGACAUUCCAUAUAUGGUUAGUGAUGUUAUGUUGAAGGACUUUGACCUAUUGAUUAAGGAUCUAAGAGACCGUGAGUUCUUUCCAAGUGGUGAGGCUUCAACAAAGGAAUCCAAGGCGCUUGAUCUAUUUGCUAAUGAACUUGACAAGUUUGUUUCUAGCGGUAAGAUAGAAUUCCGCGAGGAUUCCUUCUGGACCACAGAACUAGAUUAUUGGAAUUUGGAUGCAAAGGAAGUCAAGUAUCACGGUUCCACUUUACACGAAGAUUUACAAGCUUCCAAUUUGGUCAUCUUCAAAGGUGAUCUAAACUAUAGGAAGUUAACUGGAGACAGGAAGUGGCCCCGCACCACUAAAUGGGAGACCGCUAUUGGACCUCUUUCUACAAACGGUAUCACAUCAUUAAGUUUGAGGACAUGUAAGGCCGAUGUGCAAGUUGGUUUACCUGAAGGUCUUGACGCAGAAUUGAGCCAAGAAUGGGAAAAGGAAAACCCUGGCCGUGGUUCUUGGUGGUGCUGUAGUGGUAAAUGGGCAGUCAUUUGUUUUAGUUCAGGUACACCAAGCAAGAAAUGA